CAUGGUUGGGACCAUAGACUGUACAUUGGGACAUAGAAGGGGGUGCGCGGCUAAAAAAGUUUGGGAACCACUGCUCUAGCUGAUCCAAAAUGGACCACCCAGGAGAUCCAAUCCGGUGCGUUUUCUGUGAUUGGCUCAAGUGUGGCGACGUCAUCACGUUGUGCUAAGAGGCUAUGGCGUUUCCUGACUGGAUGUUGUCGUUGGCAGCCACUGCAUCUUUUUUCUGUUUUUUCUGUUUGUGUGUUCGUUACAGACGCGCUGCUCGACUGUUUUGGGGGAAAUUACAGAGCAGGAUAAUGGCGCGAACGGAGAAGCCGUUGUUCCGGAUAGCAUACACUCUCUACACCAGGACCAAACUUGGAUAUUUGUACUACAAGAUGCAAAUGAGAAAAGCCAGGGAACAUUACCCAGCUGGACAUUCCACAUGCUAUCCCAUGGAGUUUAGUGGUAUUAAAAUAAUUCCCAUCUCGGUGCUGUCUGACAACUACAGCUACCUUAUCAUCGACACAUCCUCCAGUGUGGCUGCAGCUGUCGACCCUGCUGACCCCGAAACAGUUCAGGCAAUUCUAAAAGAGGAGGGAGUAAUGUUAGAAGCUAUUUUGUGCACACACAAGCACUGGGACCACAGUGGGGGCAAUAAAGGGCUGAAAAGGCUCCACGGCUCAUGUCGAGUGUACGGAAACGCUGCCGAUAACAUUCCUGGCCUCACACAUCCUCUCUCACACAAAGACUCGGUAGUCGUUGGUCGAAUGAACUUUAAAGCCCUUUUCACUCCUGGACACACGGUGGGCCACAUGAUCUAUCUGCUGGAUGGCCCGGCGGUUGGUGCCCCCUCCAGCCUUUUCUCUGGUGACCUGGUGUUCCUCUCUGGAUGUGGGAGAAUGUUUGAAGGGAGCUCCACGACAAUGCUUUCAUCUCUGGACACAGUUAGCUCCUUAAGUGACGAUACUCUAUUAUGGCCGGGUCAUGAGUAUGCAGAGGAUAACCUGCUGUUCGCCACCAAGGUUGAGCCCCAUAAUGCUUCCAGAGAAAACAAAUAUCAGUUGGUAGCACAGCAGCGAGGCCAGAAACUCUGCACGAGUCCCUCCACUAUCGGGGAAGAGAAGCAGUACAACCCGUUCUUGCGCAGCCACUCCGCAGAGCUCCAUCAGGCUCUGGGGAUCCAGCAGUUUCAGGAUGAAGACUGGACCCAGUUCAGGGCGCGGGUUCUAGAGGAGUUACGGAAACGCAAAGAUGUCUACAACAGGAGAGAGUAGCUCAGAGGAUGGUGAAGCACACCAUACAAGCGAAUCGCUCAGCUCAUUCCUGAGGUUUUGGAAAAGGUUGGCACAUUUUAGAAACCUGAAUGGGCAUUCAGAAAUGUGGGACUCUUGAAUCUGUUAUCAGUUCAUUUCAGUUUGUACUGUUCAAUUCAUGAGUACUGUUUGGUUAUUUUCCACGUACACACCUAGCCGGGUUUUUGUAAAAGCGAAUGGCUAGGAAAAAGCGUGGGUCCACACCGCGUCGUUGUCAGAAAAAGAUACAGAUUGUGAAACAUUCAUAUGCAUGCCAAACCUGUAGGUGGCAGUAGUUCACAAAAUUUUUAAAUUUUUGCGGAAAAACGUUCCUUGGAUGUGGAAUGACUAGAAAGUGGGAAAUAGCCAUCUUUAACAUUGUCCUUCACCUGUGGCCAUCUACACAGAGCUUGUAAAACCAAGAAAGUUGGUGUGAAUACAGGUCACACAUGUGCCCUCAGAGCGCUUUUUUUCUUGGGCAGGAUGGUACGAAACCUAAAACCCUCAUUAUUUAUGUCCACCAACUAAUGCUGACAAUGGAGACUUCACAAAUUUCCACCUUUUUUCGAGGCUUUUGAAGAAUUGUUGAUGGUGUCGUUUAUCUUCCCUUUCGUGUGGACGGCUGGCCAAACUUGAAAAUUACCUUUUGUUUUGUGGGAUACCCAGCUACAUGUGUACUGGGACUAUCCCAGAAAAUGAAGAAAUGUUUCUACGGUUUGGCCUGUCAACACAAAAGUGAAUGUUAAAACUGCAAUGUUUACUACAGUAUUUUUUAAUCAGGCGUCACCAUCUAGUGGCUGACAAAGGUACAGCAACUUUAGCUGUUCUAACUUUUCCUUAAAGCAAUGCUUCUUGUUAAUGAACACGCUCCUCUAGCUGGCAAAUGCAGCUAAAACACAUUAUUUUACAAUUAUUCAUACAUAUAUUUUAAAUAUAUAUAUUUUUAAAGAGUUGUCUGUGAGAAAGGUCGCCACCUCGGCAUCUGUCUAUUUCAGGAGUGGGCAACUCCAGUCCUCGAGGGCAGGUAUCCUGCAUCUUUUGGUUGUUUCCCGGUUCCAGCAAAGUUGAUUCACCUGUUCAGCAGCUCAUCAAGCUCUGCAGAAGCCAGUUAAUCACCUGUUGAUUGAUAUCAGGUGUAUUGCAGACAUGAAAAUCCCUCACCUUUCAGCGAAAUUCGCCGUUUUGAAUCCAAAAUGGGCCACCUACGUGAUUUGUGCAGAUCUGAUGAGAUAAUAUCUGGGGGUUGUAUAGCGAUUUCGGCUUUUAACCAAUUAUCCACUGGGGGAAAUAUUCAAGAGGAUUUUAAGACGCACCCGACGCCACCAACAGUAGAAUUUUUUUUUUUUUUAAAUGUCGGAACCGGUGACGCGCGACCUGCACGAAGGCAGCUCGUCUGGAAGUCUCCUGUGUAGACCUCCAGACGAUGGCUCUUCCCUGCUUGUACGAUCCGAGCCUGAACGGCGUACCGACGGGUCGGAUUGGACUUGGGUGUACUAAAUUUUCACCAGUGACCUGUUUUGAUGUCUGGUAUUGAAACAAGGAAAACACUAAAACCUGCUGGAUAGCGUCCCUCAAAGAGGCUCUGUGACUGACAUCUGUUCCCAAGCGGAUGUCGAACAUUGUUGGUCAUUGCUCAGUUUGGUAGAACGGUGCACAGUUCAAAUGGCUCAAGGCUUUGUGGGACGGGAGGCGGCCUUAGCAAAAAAAUAAAUUAAAAAAACGAAUCUCCUACUUUAUAUCACAAUACAUGAUAAGAUACAAGAUAAUCUCCUUUAUGGAUUUCUAAAAAAAAUCACACUUAAACUCUGAAAGGGGGAAAACUUUUUUUUUUACGGCACCAAAUAAGAUUCUGUCAAAAACUCUGAGAAAGUGGACAUUUGCUAAUUCUCCGUUGUCAGCAUUAGCUUGUGAAACACAACGCUAGCAUUUUGCUACACCACUCAGUAGUUUUAGGUACUGAAUAGUUGCUCUUUGGUUGACAAUUGUUUUCUAGUAUUUGUUUAUUUAUUAUUUUUAGGAAUGUUUUUUGAACAUUUGAUAUUAUUUGUAAACCAUAAUAAUGAUGCUUUAGGUUUCACAAAAGGCUAAAGCCUCUUUAAUGCGUUGUGUUUGUGUCAGAUUGUAAAAAAGACCACACGGUUUUACUUAAAUCAAAGUUUAUGACAAAAGAAACCUAAAAAUAAGCCAAAGUUGAAACAUUUUCCCUCAGCAUAUUGUCUUUGCACAAGAAAUUUGUUUUCAUAUUUAAAGGGAUGUUCAUUUUUCUUUUAAUGGAAUUGAAAAAGAUUCAAGAGUUUCAGUGUUGCUUGGAGAAGCACAAGGAUCUCUGUUUUUUGUUGUUUUCAGACUUAAGACGUCGCACAACAAUUGAAACAUUUAUUUAACUCAUUUAAUGUGAAUGAAGAUGAUGAGCUGUAAACUGACUAAAAUGUUAAAGGGAACAUUUCUGACCGGCUUUAUGAAGAAGGUGAUGGCUGUACAACAUGUUCUAAACAUACAUGUGCAGCAAAUGAUUCAAAGGAAAAUGUGACUAGUUAAUGUCUCUCAAGUGUUAAAAUGCACUGUACAGUUUAAUAAAACAUGUAUUUUUUUAUUUAAACUAUGGAAACCUAAAUCGUACGAGUUCUUGAACAUGCUGAUAAAUAUGCUGUGAUAUAAUAAAUUGAACUUUGGAAGAAUAUCCUGACCUAAUUAGCUCCAGCUUGAAAAAAAAUUGCUAUAACUUGACAAAUGACAAAAUAAACUAUAUUUUAGUGUGUUAUAGCGGUUCCUUUUAAAGCCAUUUUAGAUAUUAAAAAAGCUGCUCCAGUGUUUCUGAACCAGAACAAAAUAAAUGUUUUAACUUCAAGAAACAUUCAAAACGUGCUUCACAUUCCUCCAAAGGUGCCUAUAACGGGACCCUCUCUCCCUGCUGAUUGUUGACUCAAACAUUAUUUUAUUUGUUUGAUGCAGAUUUUCUCAUUUACAUGUGUUUGAGUUAUGAAUACCACCACACGGGAGACGGUUUUUCUUCAGGUUACGUUUUAAUGAGGAGGUAUGAAACGGUUGUUUUAUGACUGCUGAAACUGACAGAUGAGUUAUUUCUUUUUCCCACCAAAACAACUUUUAAUAUAUGAGCUUAACCCACUUCAUGAUACGAUGUGAAACAAGUUUCUGUGGUUACAGAAUUUUUGGGGGCUUUUUUUUCUCGUGAAUAUUUUUUUAUUUUAACUUUGAUAACUUUACUUAGAUAUUUAAAUUUAAAAUGCUGCAUUUUAUAAAAACCCACAUAAUUUAACGGAUAAAUAAGAUGAUGUUCUCAGCUCUCUUCCGUGUCUUAUAAUUCCUCUGCUUGGUCAAUUACCAGUAAUUAUUUUAUUAGUAAUUUAUCAAUACUCAGAUUACAAGGCCAACUCCUGCAAAGAAAUGUAGUUUAGGACGGUGUUUGCCAAACUGGGGUCCGUAACCCCCAACGGGGGUCUUCA